CUUCACGAGCCUUUGCCCUUUCUCUCUCCCCCUCUCUCUCUGUCUCUCUCUUCUCCCCCAUUUCUAUUCGUACCACAAUUAUUGUAGCCCCAAUUGCAUCAGUCUCUCUCUCUCUCUCUGAGGAAACUCAAGAACAGAGGCCAUAUGUGAAAAACCAAGCACUCUUCAGGCCAAUCCCCAAUGCUCUGAUCCCCUUUUUUACACCCAUUCACCGCUUCUUAACUUUCUCUCCAGGAAUCAAAAGCCCUAAUCCCAUUAAAGCAAGCUAGCCUUGGAAGAGAGAAGAGGAUGAAGAGGGAGCACAUGAAUCAGGAAAAUUUCUCGAGCAGUGGGAGCUGCAGCUCCUCCGCCGGCAAGGGCAAGAUGUGGACAUACGAAGCUGAUGACACCGGCGGCGUUGAUAAAAACUUCGCCGUUCUGGGUUACAACGUUAAGUCGGCGGACAUGGUGGAGGUGGCUCAGAAGAUCGAACAGUUGCAGGAAGUGAUGGACGCCGUUCAGCAAGACGGCCUUUCUCAGCUCGUGUCGGAUACCGUUCACUACAACCCGUCAGAUCUCUCGUCCUGGCUCGAAUCCAUGAUUACCGGCCUCAAUCCCGUCCCCGAAUUCGAUUCCUCCUCUAAUCCCUUCCUCGAAUCGUCCACCAUCACCAGCAUCGAUAACGGGAGCAGCGUCAACAGCUGUGCGCAUCAGAGCGUGGUUGACUUCGAUUUCGGGUCGGAUCUCAUCGCCAUCCCCGGUAAGGCAGUGUAUCCAACCGCGACUCCACAAUCUCCUUCUCCUUCCCCUUCCUCCCGACAGCAGCCGCAGUUGAAGAAGCUGAAAACGGAGCCGAAUUCAGGGAAUUCGGUCGGCACGACGUUGCAGGGCGAGGCGGUUUUCACACGCCCCGCAGAGGCGAAGCGACCGCUUGUGAUGGUUGACUCGCAGGAGAAUGGAAUCCGACUGGUUCAUACUCUGAUGGCGUGCGCCGAGGCGGUGCAGCAGGGAGAGUCCAAAUUGGCGGAAGCUUUGGUGAAGAAUAUCGGAUAUCUGGCGGUGUCGCAGGCGGGGGCGAUGAGGAAAGUGGCUACCUAUUUUGCAGAAGCUUUGGCGAGAAGAAUUUACAAAUUGUAUCCCUCGAAUCCGCAGGACACUGCCUUCACCGAUUUGCUGCAAAUGCACUUUUACGAGACUUGCCCUUAUCUGAAAUUUGCGCACUUCACGGCGAACCAGGCGAUCCUCGAAGCCUUGGCAGGUAAAAACCAAGUCCAUGUGAUUGAUUUCAGUAUGAAACAAGGGAUUCAAUGGCCGGCUCUGCUGCAAGCUUUGGCUCUGAGGCAGGGCGGACCUCCGAGCUUCCGAUUAACCGGAAUUGGACCCCCGUCGCACGACGACACCGAUCAUCUACAGGUCGUUGGGUGGAAACUUGCUCAAUUGGCGGAAGCAAUCAACGUGAAGUUCGAAUACCGAGGGUUUGUUGCGAAUUCAUUGGCUGAUCUCGACGCCUCCAUGUUCGACAUUAGAGAAGGGGAAACGGUUGCAGUCAAUUCAAUCUUCGAACUGCAUCAAUUGCUGGCGAGGCCGGGGGCAAUCGAGAAAGUUCUGAAAGUUGUGCAGGAUUUGAAUCCCGAAAUCCUCACCGUCGUCGAACAGGAAGCCAAUCACAACGGGAGCGCUUUUCUCGAUCGAUUCACGGAGGCCUUGCACUACUACUCGACGCUUUUCGAUUCACUGGAGAGCUGCGGCGGCGCCGGCGCCGGCGCCGGCGACGAGAUGGUUAUUGAUCAGGAUAAGGUCAUGAGCGAGAUGUACCUCGGCCGUCAGAUCUGCAAUGUAGUUGCCUGCGAAGGCGUCGACCGGGUCGAGCGCCACGAGACCCUCCCUCAGUGGCGAACCCGGUUCGAAUCCGCCGGUUUCUCCCCGGUUCACCUAGGCUCUAAUGCUUACAAGCAGGCCAGCAUGCUGCUGGCCCUCUUCGCCGGCGGCGACGGCUACCGCGUCGACGAAAAUAACGGCUGCCUGAUGCUCGGCUGGCACACGAGGCCACUCAUCGCCACCUCGGCGUGGAAGCUCGCCUCAAACUCGGCGGCGGCUUGACUCGGUGGGCCCAAUCCGGCCCGGCCCAGCUCAGCCCACUUGUGUCUGUGUGUGUAGCUACUCUAUGAUCUCUCCACCUCUCUAUCAAUCAAUCCACCUUUUUUCAUUUUUCACAAUUUUCUGUUCUUUGCCUAGUUGAAAAUUAUUAAUUAAUGAAAUAUGUUGUGUUAA